AUGUUCACAUCCACCUGCAGAAACGUCGCCCGCUCGAGCGCAUCAAGGACAAUUGCCACAGCACCAAUUCGCAGAAGCCUACAUCGCUUGUCGACACCUUCAUCUCUCACAUCAACCGCCACCAGAUACCGUCCGAGUGCGCCUUCGCUCAAGCCCGCUCAUUCUUGUUUCCCCACCGGUACUCGCUCAAUCUUCAUCCAGACCGAGGACACACCCAAUGCCGACGCUCUGAAGUUCAUUCCCAACUCUCGCAUCUUGCCUGAGAACUUCCAAACAACCUUCCUUGAAUACCUCUCGCCUCGCUCGACGCUUGCGCCACCCCACCCUUCGCCUCUCGCUGCUCAGCUGCUGAACGUCGACGGUGUCUCAUCAGUCUUCUACGGUCCCGACUACAUCACUGUCACCAAGGACUCCGCCACUCCAUGGCCACACGUCAAACCCGAAGUCUUUGCUCUGAUCACCGAGGCUGUGACAUCCGGACAGCCUCUUGUAAAUACGGUAACCGGAAAGAGCGGUGAACAGCAGGCAGUCGAGAAGGACUCUUUGGAGUACGAUGAGAACGACAGCGAGGUCGUCAGCAUGAUCAAGGAGCUGCUCGAGACGCGCAUUCGUCCGGCUAUCCAGGAAGACGGUGGUGAUAUUGAAUUCAGAGGCUUUGUGGAUGGCCAGGUUCUUCUGAAGCUGCGCGGUGCUUGCAGAACUUGCGACUCGAGCACAGUCACUCUCAAGACCGGCAUUGAGAGCAUGCUUAUGCAUUACAUCGAUGAGGUCCAGGGUGUUCAACAAGUGCUGGACGAGGAAGAGGAGGUCGCUCUUCGUGAGUUUGCCAAGUUCGAGGAAAAGCUGAAGGCACAAAAGGGCGAGGUGCCUGCUGCCACUGUCGGCAAGGGCUCGCUCGACACUGUCGAGUAG